CAGCUGAGGUGGCGAAACUUCGAGGUGUGGGUAGAGGGUGCCGGAUCCAGGUGUAGAGAGAGGCGGUAUCAAGGCGAGAAGAGCGGGUCCGCCCCUCUCCCGCCUGGAAAGUGGUUUCUGCCGGUCCCUGGGAACACCGGAGUACCGGAUCUCGAUCCGUGGGGGCGGGGUCCUUGGAGGGGACGGAGCGCCCCCUCCUGGGAACAGGCGGUCUGUUCGCAGGGACUGCUGUUGGAGCCUGAUUGGUUAGAGAGACAUUCCCUAAACCCCUGGGGAGCCCAACCCUUGGGGUUGGGGGAUCCCCAGCUCAGUACUCCUGCAUUUCCUAUCAUCGCAGGGCCCCUUCCCUAGUGACAUAUGUCCCUUGUCCGGGGCCAUGGAGACACUGCAGCCACCACGGCGGCGCCUCUGUCUGAAGAAGGGGAAGUGACCUCCGGCCUCCAGGCUCUGGCCGUGGAGGAUACUGGAGGCCCCUCUGCUUCGGCCGAUCAAGCCGAGGAAGAGGGGGAAGGAGGCCGGGAGGAGGCUGAGCAUGAGGGGUCCGGGGCCGAGGAGGUGCAGGGAGAAGCCCCCAGCACUGAGGGGGAAGAGCAUGCCAAGGGAGAAUCCGAGGACUGGUGCGUGCCCUGCAGCGAUGAAGAGGUGGAGCUGCCCGCGGAUGGGCAGUCCUGGAUGCCACCCCCCUCGGAAAUCCAAAGGCUCUAUGAAGUGCUGGCUGCCCACGGUACCCUGGAGCUACAGGCUGAGAUCCUGCCCCGCCGGCCACCCACACCUGAGGCCCAGAGUGAAGAGGAGAGAUCCGAUGAGGAGCCAGAGGCCAAAGAGGAGGAAGAGGAAAAACCGCACAUGCCCACAGAAUUUGACUUUGAUGAUGAGCCAAUGACACCAAAGGACUCCCUGAUUGACCGGAGACGCACCCCAGGAAGCUCAGCCCGGAGCCAGAAACGGGAAGCGCGCCUGGACAAGGUCCUCUCAGACAUGAAGCGACACAAGAAGCUGGAGGAGCAGAUCCUUCGUACUGGCAGGGACCUCUUCAGCCUGGACUCAGAGGAUGCCAGCCCCACCAGCCCCCCGCUCCGGUCCUCAGGAAGUAGCCUCUUCCCCCGGCAGCGGAAAUACUGAGUGCUGCUGCCCUUAGGGUGCAGAGUCUACCUGCUGGGGCCUUGGCUCUUCUUCCCUAACCCAGGCCGCUGGGAAACUUGGGAAGAGGAGAGACACUCCAAGCUCCCAACACAGCACCUUGCCAGAAAGAGGACAUACGUGUAUGUGUUUGUGUUUUCUAUUCAACAUCUCUUUGGAGACCUGGGCUGAAUUUUCUGAAUCUAAAAUAAAAAAUACCAAGUUAUCUUC